AGGACGGUUAAGGAGGCUGGAGUAUGUGGAUGGCUCUUCCAGCGCGAAAGAACCACUUGUCUUUGCCUCAUGCCGUGGCAAGACAGACCACAGAGACCUCCACGUGGAGCCACAGCCUGGCUCCUCCCUCUCUAACCAGGAACUAAUGACCAGACUAUGCUUCUUACUGGGAGAAACAACGCCUGGCACUGCUAGCUCUCCUAUGGAGGACAGGAGGGAAAAGAAGUGUGAUUCCUCUGCUCAGGGGGGGAGCCCCAGCUCCACUCUGACCUGCAGCACAGCCUCACCCUGCUCAGAGAGCCCCUCGUCCACCCUGAGCACCAGUGCUGGAGGCCAGUCUUUGCCCCAGCCUUUACCCUUACCUUCUCCCCACUGUGGCACUGGCACCAGCCCCAGCGGAACCCUCUCCAGCCCUGCAUCCAGCUCUGCCCCUGGCCCUGCUUCUGGACUCAUCACUGGGAGCAGCCCUGGUCCUCCAUCUCAAAGCCCCACCUCAACAUUGGAGAGCAAGGAUAGUGGAAUUAUAGCAACAAUCACUAGUUCUUCUGAGAAUGAGGAGCGCAGCGUCUCCAGUGAGGUUCUCACUAAGGACGAAGGCCCGGAGGGAAGCGGUGGCGUAAUGGGCCAUGCAAAUGAGGACCGCCAUCCCAGGCCAGCCAGGGACAAUCUCACAGCCCAACCAGAUGAGGCCUUACUUAGAACUGACAUCAUGGAGCCCAGAACUCCACCAGCACCGAAAAGGCCCCUCCCACAGCACCACUUACACAGCACUUCCUCUCUUGCGAUGCCCCGUCCAAAUUCAGUGGCAGCAACAAGCUCCACUCGACUAGAGGACUUGAGUUAUCUGGACCAUCAAAGGGCUACUGGGCACAGGGGCUCAGUCCGCAAACACAACACAGCUGGACGCACAAGUGAUGACUCCAAAGGGAGAUUGGUACCAUUCAAACAAGCUGACAUCAUGCUAAAACCACUUCUGUUCGAAGUCCCCGGCAUCACCACAGAGACACCUUUUGUUGGCCGGGAUUGGCUGUUCACACGUCUGGAGGAGGUCCUUAGAAAAACACGCAGCUGUGAGGGACGCGGUGCUGUCAUUGUGGGUAACGCAGGAUCUGGCAAGACCGCUGUCAUCUGGAGGCUGGUGACGCUCAGUUGUCAUGGCAUGCGUACGUCACAGGGAGGUCCCAGCUUCCCUCACAGCCCCGGCUCCUCCCCUAAAUGUGGGGAUAGGCAGGGAAAAGCAGCCUCCAAGCAGCCGGCCGAUUCCCAACCCAACCAGAACGCUGUUUCAGGCACAAGCGAUAGUACAGCACAAAGGAAGGAGGCUGUCAGAUCCCUGGCUGCCAAGGUGGUGGCCUACCAUUUCUGUCAGGCCGACAACACCUACACCUGCCUGGUACCGGAGUUUGUGCACAGUGUCGCUGCCCUGCUGGCCAGAGCGCCACAGCUUGCCCCAUACAGGGAGCUGCUGAUACAAGAGCCUCACCUACAAAACACACUGAGCUUGCGUUCCUGUGUUCAAGACCCCAUUGCUGCCUUCCGAAAGGGUGUCCUGGAGCCUAUUGCCAGCCUGCGCAAGGAACGGAGGCUACCUGAAGAAGACUACAUCAUUGUGAUUGAUAGUUUAAAUGAGGCUGAAUUUCAUAAACCAGACUACGGGGACACAAUUGCUACCUUCAUCACCAAAAUAAUCUCCAAAUUCCCCCACUGGCUUAAGUUGGUGGUCACAGUCAGGACAGGCCUGGUGGAAAUCACCACCCUUCUUCCAUUCUCUGGUAUUUCUCUGGACAUCCUUCCAGACAGCAGCGAUCUGGGAGCCGACCUGAGUGACUACAUCCAUCACCGGGUCAGCAGCAGCACCCAGAUUGCUGCUAAUGUCACCACGCCAACAGGUUCUGCCCCUGAUCCCCUGCUCCUGAGCAAAUUCAGCAGCCAUCUGUCAACACGGAGCCAUGGCUCCAUCCUCUAUCUCCAGCUGACCCUGGAUCUGUUCCACAAAGGCCACCUGGCACUGAAAGGAGGAAACUACCUGGUUGUGCCUGUCUCCCUGUCAGAGGUGUACCUGCUGAUGUGUCGUGUGAGCUUUCCGGAUAAGGAGCUCUUUGAGCGUGUGCUUCCGGUGCUAAAUGUGGCUCUGGCGUCUCUGCACCCGCUGGCUGAUGAGCAAAUGUUCAGGGCACUGAAUGCAGGCAGUGUCAAGGGGGAGCUGGAGUGGAAGGACUUCCAGCAGAGAUUAGACAGUCUGGCUGGAUUUAUGGUGAGACGCAGAGACGGCACACGGAUGCUGUGUCAUCCCUCCUUCAGAGAGUGGCUGGUUUGGCGAGCCGAUGGAGAAAGUAGUGACUUUCUCUGUGACCCCAGGAGCGGCCAUGCCCUCCUGGCAUUCAUGUUCUCCAGACAGGAGGGAAAGCUGAACAGGCAGCAGACUAUGGAACUGGGACACCACAUCCUCAAGGCUCACAUAUUCAAGGGUCUGAGUAAGAAGACAGGUGUGUCCUCCAGCGUUCUUCAGGCCAUGUGGGUAAACUGCAGCACUGACAGUUUGUCUGCUGCACUGGCCUCCCUGAGAAACCUGUAUACACCUAACAUCAAGGUGAGUCGUCUGUUAAUGCUAGGUGGCGCUAGUGUGACCUGGUGUACAGAGGUGAUAGGUCAUGCUCCCAUCCUUGCUGUGCAUGCCCACUUGGGGCAUGUAGAGAUGGUAGCUCUGCUGCUUGAAAUGGGCGCUCCUACAGAUGGUACCACUGACAGUGGCAUGACGCCCCUGUGUCUGGCUGCUGCCACGGGACACGCCGACAUCGUCAGCCUGCUCUGCAAGAAGGGGGCCAAGGUGAGCCAUGCUGAUAAGAGUGGCCAGUGCGCGCUGGUCCAUGCUGGGCUGAAGGGCCAUGUAGAAAUCAUCAACAUCCUGCUGGGCCAAGAUUGGGGAGCAGAGAUUCCCACUGACCCGCAGCAGCAGCACAGCAAUGAGACCGUGACUGGAAAAACACAGGCAGCACAGCAGGCAGCUACAGCAGGAGCGAGUGUGGGGCACACACAGGUGGUGAAAAGCUUGCUGGACUUGAAAGAUGAACAGCUGGCGGUGCAGAUGGACGCUCACGACUCACUCUGGGGAGAAACGGUGCUGAGUGCAGCAGCAGGGAGAGGGAGGCUCGAGAUGUGCUCGUUCCUCCUGGAGCGGGGGGCAGGGCUCGAGGAAGCAAACCGCAGAGGAAUGGUCCCGCUGCUUAGUGCUACCAAACAUGGACACACACAGGUGGCAGAAUUGCUGCUGAAGCAAGGCGCAGAUAUCAACGCCACUGAUAAGCAGGGUCGCUCUGCGCUCAUACUGGCUGCCUCUGAGGGCCACAUAAGCACAGCUGAACUCCUGCUGUCCAAGGGUGCUUCUCUGUCCUCUGCUGAUCAGGAGGGGCUGACUGCACUUAGCUGGGCCUGCAUGAAAGGCCAGAAAGGUGCAGUGCAGCUUCUGAUGGAAGCAGGAGCUGACCUGAACCAACCAGACAGACAGGGACGGACUCCACUUGACCUAGCUGCCCUCAACGGGGAUGCAGAUACAGUGCACUGCCUGGUGGAAAAUGGAGCGGUGCUGGAGAGAGCGGACAACAGCGCCAGAGGUUCAGAUCGAGCGACUGGGUGCCAGAACCCGGCCCUGGUGGCUUCGCUGCUUAAGAAAGGAUCAAAAAUGGGCUACAGAACGGCUCCACACGAUCGAUCAGGCCACGCUACGUGGGCUAUGGCUUCCUCCAAACCAGACAUUCUCCUCAUCCUCCUGCAGAAGCUGAUGGAGGAAGGGAACAUGCUUUACAAGAAGGGACGUAUGAAGGAGGCAGGCCAGCGUUACCAGUACGCCCUUCGGAAGCUGCCGCGUGAGGGGCAAGGAGAGGAGCUGAAGGGGCUCAAAGACCUGCGAGUCUCCCUCUAUCUAAACCUUUCACGCUGCCGCAGGAAAACCAAUGAUUUUGGCAUAGCUGAGGAGUUUGCAACAAAAGCCCUGGAACUGAAACCAAGGUCUUACGAAGCCUUUUAUGCUAGAGCACGGGCCAAGAGGAGUAGCAGGCAGUUUGCUGCAGCGCUGGCAGAUCUCCAUGAAGCAGCACGACUCUCCCCGUCCAACAGGGAGAUCCGACGCCUGCUGGCACGAGUAGAGGAGGAAUGCAAGCAUCAUCAGAAGCUAUCCAGCAACAACUCGGCACAGGGUUACAACAGGGACCCUCACACCCACUACCAUCAAGCCACAGAGGAGGAAACAGACGUCUUUUCACAGGGAAGUCUAGAGAGGCACAUCCCUGCAGAGCAGGCCGAUGCAGAGAAGGAAGAAGAAAAGGAGGAUGGUGAGGAGGUGAGCCUGCAGUGUGGGAAAAGUCCUGAAUUUUGGCCUCUGAAUCCAUACGCUCCAAACAGGACUCUCCCUGGAGCUGUGGCCUUUGGAUUAGGAGAUCAGUCCCCAAGUUUCCAUCAAGAGGAGUAUGUACAGAACCAGCUGUUUGUGGAUCUGCCUGAGCCGGUUCCUCCUGUUAACAGACAGAUCCAGAACAGCAGGACUCAUCACCAGUGCCACUCCCUGCAGUCAGGGAGCAGAGUUGGGGGCAGACCUCUGUCUCUGUGCGGCCCCUCUAGUCCUUUGCCAGGUAGACACAUCUCCACCUCUCUGAGGCCAGCACCUGUUGUGGGCAUCGACAUCGGCCCUGGAUCCAGUGAACACUCUGGGCACAGUCCUACCGAGCACUAUCACCCUAUGUCCCCCAAUAGCUCCUCUCCACCUGGACCUCUCCACAUGUACCAGCCACGCUCAUCCAGCUUCUCCAGGGGCUCUGACAGACUCUCUACCCACUCUGUGGCACUGGAUGGCCUGGCUCUUGCUUUAGGCUCUGGUAUGGAGGUUAGAAGGGAGGGUGGUGGAGCAGGAACAACAGGCUCAAGGGGCUCCAGCUCCAGUCAGGCCUCCAGUGGGAACCUGUCAGAUGGGGGCAGGCAGCAGGCACCAGAUCCCCCGUGCCCCAUCAAGAGCAGCGGUAGCUUCAAGACAAAACCUGAGCUAAAGCCCCGGCCCUUCAUGGGGGUCAUGGACAAAGCAGUGCGAGUCGGCCAGCAGACCACUUGCCUGAGCCGGCAGGGCGGAGGGGUGGAGAGCUUCAGUAUGUCAGUGAUGGAGUUCCAAGGGCUGAACAAUGAGUUCAAACACGCAUCAUUCCAGGAGCAGCACUCUGUGAGCCAGAGCAACAGCCAGCAGCAGGGCCGAGAGUUUGGAGACCGGUUGCACCAGCGAGAGGGCAGAGGCACGGCAUCCUCCCAGCUACGCUUCCCCGAGGGGAGGCACAGACAGGCGAGCCUGACGAGAGACAACCCAGCUCUGCAUAUGGCUCCCAUAAAACCCAAACGCUCUUUUAUAGAAUCCAAUGUCUGAAUAGUUUCUCAAAGCACAGGAACAGGCUGUUUUCGACAAGCUAUGUCCUACAUUAGGUAGCAAGGGAGACUGGUGCGAGAGCAGCUCCCUUCCCUGAGCCUGUUUUGUAGAUUUAUGCUGCUGCACUGCAUUUACAAUCUAGAACCAGUGUUCAACUCAGGCUACUACGCUUUUGCUUACAUGUAUACAGCUAGUGUAUUCAAGAAGACCAGACAUACCUUAAGUAAGGAUUUAAAAAAAAAAAAAUUGUAGUAUAUUGUCUCAACUUUUAACUCAUAUCAAAUAUAGAAGUCUGAGAAAGCUUUGUGCACGAAUAUACAAAACCUCACGCUGUUUGUUGCAGGAUAUGACCAUUUCUAUUGUGAAGUGUCUUUUAAAAAACAUUUAUAUUUGUACGGUGUACACUAUAUUUGCAGAUUAUCUAUUUCCCUGUAAGUGUUUAUCUGUCAGCAUUACAGGCUUAAGAAUGGAUUACUUUGUGUACCUUUGAGAUCCUUUUUCUUGGUACAUUUGAUUGAACCCCCCCCCCCUCAAAAAAAAACAAACAAAAAAACAAAAAAAACAAAACAGAGGCAC